CAGACGCCAUGGCGAUGGCUUUAGAAGGACUUUCGAAACAUCGAGGAAGGCAUACAGCUGCAAAUUUAUAUAAUAAUAGGCCAGUCCGACAUGACUGAUAUCUAUUUCUCAAAGCAACCAUCAGCGAGCUCUACGUUCACAAAACCAGCAUCUUCAAGACAUAUCUUUCAACAUGAAGCAAGCGAAUAUCAUCUACCUUCUAUCUCUCUUAGGCCAGUCAGCAGCCAAACCAAUAGACCCUCAAGUUCUCCCCAAAGACGUCGGUCUCGAAAAUUUCAGCACCGUCCUUUCAGAGCGACAAGACGGCACCUGCUCAAUCCCCAACCCUCUACCGGCCAUCCAAGACUUCUACGGACAUCUACCCGCACAGUGGAAAAUAGCAUUCGCCGGUGCAUCUAUCUUCAGCAGUGCCGGCAGCGUCGGCGCCUGGGGAUUCUGUAAUGCCGCGACGCAGCACGAGAAAGAGAACCCGUCGAUAGGAUGCACGGGACUAGGAGCUGGAGUCGGCUCAGUCGUGUUCGUGAGUUUCGCCGGCGUCAUGCUUUACCUAAACGGUGGCCUUCGUCUCGGUGCACAGGGCCAGGGCCUCACCGGCGCCAUUGAAGGGACUGCCAAGAGGGGCGAAUUACUUGUUGGGCAGAUGGAGUCGGCUUUGCGGGCGCGCGGUGUUGAGUUCGAUAGCAUCUCCACAGCACCCCUAACAACCCGCGACUCCGCGGACGGUCACACCCUCGACAUCCUAGGCGUGCGCGCGCCCGGCUCAGACAUCGCCAUGGACCACAUACUAAGCAUCCGCGACGACGGCACCGGCGUAUCCAGGGCCACCUUCAUCUCGCCCAAAUCCAGCCGCACACUAGCCGAGCGCACAGCCGGGCCCGGAAUCAAGGUCUCGUACAACUUCGUCAAGGCCGUCGAUCCGCCGCGCAAGGUCGCAGAAGCCGAUCUGCAGGUCCUAGGCCAGAACGUCGGGCAGGACUGGGAGAACCGCGUCAACCAGCACCACGAGUACAGCAGCUACUUUGGAAAAGCGAAUGUUGGGCCGGAUUACACUGUCCAUUUUGAGAUUAUCCCGGAGCGAAGCAAUUUUGGUCUUAACUAUGAGGAUGUUAACUUCUGCCACGCGUUUGGUUAAGUUGAGUAGGAUGGCUGGAGGAUUAGCGGUUGGCCCUUGUGUACCUUUUUUGUUAGAUGUUAUAUGCUGUCGUAUGCACUGUUCGAUCAGUUUUUCUUGGGGGUCUAGGGCGGUAUCUAGGGAGAUUCCAGGUAGAUAAAUGCCCUGAAACAUUGUCUCAUUUCACCACAUCAGUGCAUGAAUUUAGUGAGACCGAGUACCUACUUGCUGUACCUAUUAGGCGAAAAUCGAGAACCUGAC